AUGUCCGACCUGUCACAUCAACACGGGGAUCCUACACUCUAUGAUGAUAAUAAGGAUGAUGAUGAUGAUGAAGAGGAUGAAGAGGAGAUAACUAAGAAGGAGUCUAAGAUGAAGGACUACGACAAUGUUGACGAUCCCCUAGGAGAGUUUAUUCAUACCCGUAUAAAGGAGUCUAGGAAUAUUAUAUUACAAGCAGCUGAGCUUAUAGCACCAGUAUUAGGAAGAGAUGAGAAUGGUGGUGAUUAUGAUUGGGUUAUUGAUACACUAUAUAGAGCAGGAUACAGGAAUAUAGCUGCUAAAAUGGAGAUUAAUAAGGCACAUUAUUAUCUAAAACAUAAACAAUUUCAUGAGGCUAUAAUAACAUUAAAAUCAUUUCAAGAAGAACAACAAGAAGGAGAGGAAGGACAACCUAACCUCAACACGACGACGAAGACGACCACGAUACAUCAUCAUCAUCAUACUACUAAUACUACAAUGGCUGCUGCUGCUACUAAUCUAAGCUUUAUCUACUUUCAAGAAGGUAAUUAUAAAGAAGCGGAGAGGUAUGCAGAUAUGGCUAUUAAGAUAGAUAGAUAUAACUGUGAAGCCUUAGUUAAUAAGGGUAAUUGCUUAUUCGUGUGUAAUGAAUUAUAUAGAGCUAAGGAGUUAUAUUUGGAAGCUAUAGGAGUUGCUUCUUAUUGUCUAGAAGCUAUCUAUAAUCUAGGAUUAGUAUGUAAACAAGCAUGUGAAUAUAAUGAGGCAUUGAUAGCAUUCACCAAGUUACAAGAAAUAACAAAAAAUAAUUGUGAUGUAUUAUGGCAACUUGGAGAUAUAUAUCAUAAGAUAAGUAAUUAUAAAAAGGCUCAUGAAUAUUUAUCACUUAUCUUAACACAAGGAAUGGCGAGAGGCAGACCUAAUGACCCGACUGUAUUAGCUCGUAUUGGAGAGUUAUAUGAGAUAGAAGGUAAUGAAGUAGAAGCCUAUCAUAACUAUAUGGAAAGCUAUCGUAAUUGGCCAUUGGACUUAACUGUUAUUACAUGGCUUGGGGUUUAUUAUGUUAAAAAGGAUUUGUUUGAAUCAGCUAUACCUUUAUUCAAAAGGGCUAGUGAUAUAUCCCCAUCAGAGCCUAAAUGGAUGCUUAUGAUAGCUAGUUGUUAUCGUAGAAUGGGUAAUCAACAAAAGGCUUAUAAUAUGUACGUACUUGGUAUCAAUAUGUAA